CCCUAUCUAGGUUAUCAUUGCAUUCCACCGGGAACGCUCUUUCAAUUUCCCCCUUAUCCGUGAAAAGCCCUAUCCCUGAUUUAACUUGCAGAAACCCCUGACCUAGAUCCGUCCCUACACGACAUCUCCCCGUCCCAGGACAGUUUGGAAUGCUGAAAUGGGCAUCCAAGCCAGAAAUGGUAAUGAUCGUCUCCGGACAAUUUGGACCCCUGAAAUGGAUCGCUAUUUUAUUGACCUUCUACUAGAGCAGGUCAGCAAUGGAAACAAGUUUGAUGAUCAUCUAUUUAGCAAAAAAGCAUGGAAGCAUAUGACCUACUUGUUCAAUGCAAAAUUCAAAUUCCAAUGUGAAAAGGAUGUUUUGAAAAAUCGGCACAAAACACUGAGGAAUUUGUAUAAGGCUGUCAAGAAGCUCCUUGAAUAUAAGGGCUUCAGCUGGGAUGAGAAUCGACAAAUGGUGACGGCUGAAAAUAAUGAUUGGGAUGAAUAUAUUAAGAUACAUCCAGAUGCACGUGCAUUCAGAAUAAAAACUAUACCAUAUUAUAGUGAUUUGUGCUUAAUAUAUGGAGAUCCAACCGUUGAGAAAAAAGGUGACAAUGUGCCAGAGUCACUGCCUUUGCUACUACCUUCUGAGAAUGAAGAAGUCACAACCACCCAGCCAAAUAUUGGUAGUGAGGGAGUUGCUGAAAUUCUUCAAGAAAUCACAAUUGAUGAAGAUUACAGAAUAUGUGUUUCAGAAGUAGUGGAUGACUCUAUGACAAAAGGGGUAGGGGAUGAUGUGCAAGAGGCUGCACCAAAUAUCACAGGAAGCAUGGCAAGCAACCGCACUCGGACAUAUUGGCAACCACCAAUGGACCGCUAUUUCAUUGACCUUAUGCUUGAACAAUGGCAGAAAGGAAAUCAGAUUGAUGGUGUAUUCCGGAAACAAGCAUGGAUGGACAUGAUUACAUCUUUCAAUGCUAGGUUUGGCUUUAACUAUGAUGUGGAUGUUUUGAAAAAUCGCUUCAAAACUCUGAGAAGGCAGCAUAAUGUUAUAAAGAAUCUCCUUGAAUUAGAUGGGUUUACUUGGGAUGAUGCUCGUCAAAUGGUAACUGCUGAUGAUUAUGUUUGGCAAGACUAUAUCAAGACGCAUACAGAUGCACGGCAGUUCAUGACCCGGCCUAUCCCAUAUUAUAAAGAUUUGUGUACGAUAUGCAGUGAUCAAGACAGUGAUGAGAGAGACUGCUUCUCUGCUCAAUAUGCAGAGCUGCAAAAUGAUUUCAAGAUUGCCAAGUCUUGUGGAACGCCACAGAGCUCUCAGUCGCCAGCUGCAUCAAAUUCCAGUGGAGAUGAAGUUGGUGGUAUCUCGGACCCUGCUCAUACAGCUUCAAAAUCCAGUGCACCUACACAGAAGAACAAACGUCGAUUAGAAAACCAAUCAAAUUCUGCUCCCCCCAAAAAGCCCCGCGGUGAUGAGGAUGGCAUGGCUAGUGCCCUUCGUGAGAUGGCAACUGCAGUCUCAUCUUUAUCAGAUAAAAGGAAGGAUGAAAACUCAAACUCCAACUCUAUAGAGAAAGUAAUUGAAGCUAUCCAAUCAUUGCCUGAAAUGGACGAAGACCUUGUAUUAGAUGCCUGUGAUUUAUUAGAGGAUGAAUUGAAAGCGAAGACGUUUAUGGCACUGGAUGUUAAAUUGCGAAAGAAAUGGCUAUUGAGGAAGCUUCGCCCAGAGUCGUAGGUGAUCUUUGAAGUUUACACUUCAUUCUUUAGCUGGCCAUAUUUGGAUCAAGUUAUUUUUUACUAGGCUGCGUAGGUUUACAUGCUCGCCACGGCUAAUGUAAAUUUAGUGGAUUUUUGAGAACUUUCCCCCUUGAAAAUAGAACAGUUCGGAAUGUAAUGACGUAAAUUCAGAGAACUAAAAAAUAUAUCCAUUUGAUUCUGUGAUA